CAACAAGCCAACGAGUGACUCAGUCGAGUGGCUGCCACCAGUGAGUUGCAACGUGCAUAAAUCGACUUCCUCGCUCGCCUGCAUUAAAGAAAGCAUCAGCAUAAAAGUGUCAGCUUACCAUAGCAACCACGAUCACAUUGCAGCACUGCGGCAGCAAUCAAGAAGACCAGCUGUACAAGCUUUAUAGUAUCAAUUCGGAAUGGGUAGCAUGAGAAAUGCUUACCAAUCUGUACAGUUACCGACCGUGCUGGCAGCAACCAUCAGCGGAAUGAAUACGAUCGUCCUACCGACAAAUUUGAAGUAUCUAUACAAGCCGAGGAAGACGCUUCCGAGCUUCUCUGGUUCCGAAAAUGGCGCUCUGGUUCAAGAUUGGUUUCAAGAAUGCGAAAAUGUGGCAGCACUACUUGGAUGGCAUGAUGCUAAUAUGUUGCAAAAAUUCCUGACAAGGCUUAGAGGCGAUGCCUUGAUGUAUCACCGAAAGAACUUGACUUAUGUCGAAGAUUACUGUACCUGGCGCAGUUUAAUGAUUGAGGAAUUCAUUCAGAACGACAGGAACUAUUUUCUGGGACAACUCGAACAACUCACACAAAAACCCAAUCAGUCAGUUAUGACGUUCGCUGCAGAAAUCGAUUCGCUUUUGGUCAAAGCUCUGGGUUUGGCUGUGAUCACAGAUAAAUCGCUGAAAAUGUUUUGCUUCCGUGUCAAGUUGGCCUACUUGAUCGACGGUUUACGCGAAGAUGUUCGAAAAGGAAUUGAUUCCUUUUUAUUCGAGUAUAUGGUCGGGUUUCCGUCUUGGUCACGUGUAAUCGAACAUGUCCAAGACGUUGAAUGGCUGACUGACCUUAGGAAGAAACAAUCUAUACGCAACAGUUCGCGAUCAUGUGAUUACGUCAAAGUUUACUUGGCAAUCUCGGGGUAUCGCGGAUUCAACGAAACAGGAUACGGUGUCUUCUUCGGUGAAAACGAUUGCAAGAACGUCAGCCAAUUUGAGUAUCACACAGGCAAUGUAUCCUCCAUUAAGGCGGCAAUCACUGCAAUCAAGCAAGCGAAAAAACAUGGCAUAGAGCGGUUGAUGAUAUACACCAAUUUGGAGUAUCUUUUAAAGUUUAUUGGUGAGUGGGCCAUUCCAUGGUUAGAGAAUGCGUGGAGAAAACCAAGCGGAAAACCAGUAAAAAACGUGAAUCAUUGGCGGUGAACUCCUCGCCGCCCUCGAAGGCAUCGACGUUAAAUGGGCUGAUUUAGCUAAUAAUGAAAAUGGGUAUCAUGAGGCACAUGCUCUCGCUAUAAACGGGUCAAGGAAAUACGUUCCCAGAGCCACUUAUUACGCCGAUUAAAACUUAAAAGACUUUUCUUUUCCUUUUUUUAAAUUGCAUUGUAUACCAGUUUUCCAUUUUAUGUGUUCCAAGUAAACUUACAAAGAUAUUCCAA